CAGUUCAGACACCAGAGACAGUCUCAUGUUCAAAGUACAGACUAUGGAUAUUCUGGUCAUAUUUACACAUUGAAUUGUAGUCAUUUCUUCAAAACCUUGGCAUCAAGAGAAAUAUACAUGGAGCUGUUACUUCUGAUGAGCCUGAAUUCCCUCCUUCUUUUCAAUGCGUAUAUUACCUCAGCAGAAUUGAAUUAUCUAGUGCUGCAUGCUGAAAUCAGCAUUGAGGACAAUGCAGAGGGACACUUAACAGAACUACUUCAGACCUUUCCUAAUGUCACACAUGGAAGUGAAAGUAUUAGAGAGAUUAAGACCACCAGAGAUUGCCAGGAAGUAGAUAAAACUAAUAAAUGUGAGUGCACAAAAGACUUUAAGGAGGAUGAGGACAAUGACAACCUGUGUAUCCCUGAAAAAAGAGUCUCAGUCAAAGGAGAAAUUGUCUUGAAAGAUGAACCCUAUGACAACAAACUCACAGAUCGAGCCUCUGAGGAGUUUAAAAAACUGAGCAAAAAACUGACUCAAGAGUUAUCAAAAUGUUACAGUAGACUGAAAUGGUUUCGAUCCCUGAACAUUUUGCAUUUCAGUAAGGGCUCUGUCAUCGUAGUUUUUGAGAUGACUUUUGAUACCAAUGAAGGACUAGAGAAAAUUGAUGAAAUAACCGCCAGCUUGCAGAACACUUCUGGAGAAACUACACUUGUUACUCAGGGUUUUGUCACAAUAACAGCACCAGACUAUACAGUGAAAUUUAAUACAUCGCAGAAUCUUAGCUGUCAAACAAGUCAACCCAUAGGGCAAUUUACAUGGUUCUUGGUCUCCUCGAAAGACGAAAACAAAAUUGAAAUCCAUGGAGGGACAGAGGUGAAAUUCAUUGAUAAGCCACCCAACACUCAAAUUCGACUUGAAUACACCUCAUAUAUCUGGAGAGGUAAAUACAUAUGUGAAUUUCAGCAGAAAUCAGUGAAACACCAAGCUCAUGCCUUUUUAGAUGUAGCCCUCUUGCCAGUAAUAGAUAUAUACACCAAACCUCAGUUUCCCAACUGCAAGGAAGCAGAUGAGGUAAAUGUAAAGGUGACUUGUGCCAUUACAAAUACCACUGAACCAUAUACAGUUACCUGGGAAGAUCCUGACUUCAUCCCUGAAGAUAUCAAGUAUGAACGUGGUGAUCGGUUGUACCGCAUACGAAAAACCAUAAAAUGUAAAGAAGAAAAUUACGAGGUUUCAUGUAAUUUCACAAACAGGCUUAAUCAAUCUCAGCUUCAGAAAGUCACUAUUCCUGUCAUCAAAACGAACUCACCCGUGUGCAACAAGGAUGGAGACUGGCCACAGGCCAAGGCUGGUCACACGGCCACACUGCAAUGUGAGGGUGAUCAAAGAGGGGAGAGGACAAGGAAAUGUUCGAAAGACAAAACCUGGGCAACUGAGAUUAAUAAGUGUGUAAACAUUGACCUGCAGGACAUAGCUGGAAAGGCUGAGAACCUUGAGAGAGGCCUCGGGAAGUUCACAGAAGUAGCUUCAAAGGUGUUCGAGGACAUGAAGGCAUCGACACAAAGAAGCAUAAACUCUGCAGCAAACAUUGAUACGUCAGUGUCCAUUUUUGGAACCAUGAGCAGGGUAUCCGUCGCAAAGAAUGAAUCUCUGGGUGAAACUGUGUUACCUGAUUUUCUGAUAUCUGCAAGCAACAUCAUAAAUGAUUCACUGAAGGACUCCUGGAACCCUGACUUAGCUGCGGAUUACCUGAGUAAUGUUAAUAAUUUAUUGGAUCAAUCGUAUCCAAGUGAAGAUUUUGAAGACAAAAAAGCACCAAACAUAAAACUGAAGCUCUAUGACAGAUCAAACCGCGGAAAGGUCUACAACGUAAGCAUGGACUUCGACAUGGACGCUGGCUCAUCAGCAAAUGUCACUGGAUUCCGAACACUAGGGGAAUACCUGCCACUUCAAAUUGAUAAUACAACUACAGAGCUGGAACCCCGUGCCACAGUUCUACGAGUUAAUGCUCCAAGUGCCAAGAAGGUUACAUUCAAAUUUAACAAUGUCAAUCGAACCAAGAACCAUGAAUUGCACUGUGUGGUUUGGUUGCCUGACAAGAAGACAUGGUCCAGCAAGGACUGUAAGUGGGGUGGUGCAGGCUCAGACGAGUGUGAAUGUAAGCUCAACAGUGGUGUCAGAUCAGACCGUUAUAAAGGAGGAUCAUUCACAGUGCUGAUGUCCAAACACCCGGUGAACAUCCCCUAUGUGGACGACCUGACUACCAUAGGCCUGGGCGUGUCCAUCGUCUCUCUUAUUUUAUGCCUCCUGAUUGAGUUUGCUGUGUGGAACUCAGUGGUCAAAGGCUGA